ACCGCAUCGAUUUUACUUUCCCUCACUUUCGUUCACAUCCGCCCCUCGUUCAACUUUUGUCUUGUCCAGUUUGUUUCUACGUUGGAUAUCGAGUUCCGGAACUCAACAACCACUCUCUUUUCUACUAGGCACGAACCACUCAUUUAAAACCCUUUUUUUCCCUCGAUCCAACCCCCCCCCCCCCCCCCCCCCCUGUAAUUCCACAAUGAAGUCGGCUUCAGCCAUCUUGGCGGUCUUGGCGGCCGUGGCCAACUUGACGGCAGCUCAAACCGUGAGCGGAAAGGCGGAGGGUUUUGCCACCGGAGUUACCGGCGGCGGCAGCGCAGCCGCCGUCACGCCCAAGGACAUCGACGAGCUGACGAAGUAUCUCACCGACAGCGAGCCCCGCGUCAUCGUCCUCUCCAAGGAGUAUGACUUUACGGAGUCCGAGGGCACCGAGUCCGGCACCGCCUGUGCCAGCUGGGGAACCGGCGCUGCGUGCCAAAGAAUCAUCCAGGAUGACUGCGGCAGCAACACUAAGGAGACGGGCACCUGGUUCAAGGCCGCCAGAACGCCUAUUGACGUUGGCUCCAACAAGACCAUCCUGGGCGUCGGGAACAAGGGCGCCAUCAAGGGCAAGGGCUUGAGGAUGAAGGGCAGCAAUGUCAUUAUCCAGAACAUCGAAGUCAAAGACUUGAACCACAAGUACGUCUGGGGAGGCGACGCGCUCUCGUUUGCCGGUGCCGAUCUCGUCUGGGUUGACCAUGUAACCACCACCCGCCCCGGCCGCCAGCACUACGUCUUCGGCUUCGAGCCCAGCAAGCGCAUCACCCUGUCCAACAACUUCAUCAACGGCGACUCGACCUACUCCACCGGCUGCAACGGAUACCACUACUGGACGUUCGAGAUGGUCGGCGAGGACGACCAGAUCACCAUGAAGAACAACUACAUCUACAAGACGGCCGGCCGCGGCCCUGCCCUCAGCGGCGCCACCCUCCUGCACGCCGUCAACAACGUGUGGAGCGACACCAACGGCCACGCCAUCGAGGGUGGCGAGGCCACAGCCCGCGGCAUCUUCGAGGGCAACGUCUUCAUCAACGUCAAGCAGCUCGUCUCGGACUACAAGGGCAGGCUCUUCUCCUCUCCCGACGCCACCACCAACGCGCAGUGCAAGUCGGCCCUCGGCCGGGCGUGCGAGAUCAAUGUCUUCGAGGACACCACCGACGACUUCAAGUACACCGACACCACAUUUUUCGGCGACUUCAAGGGCCUCGGCAUCGCCAGCGCCGCCGCCGCCAGCAAGAUCAAGACCAGCGUCCCUGCCAAUGCCGGCGCCGGCAAGCUGAGCGCCGCCUCCUCUUCGUCGUCUGCUGACGCGCCCUCCAAGUCUGCUGGAGAGACUGCCGAAAAGGCCGAGGCUGCCCCCUCCAGCACGCCUGUUGCUUCUACCCCCGCUGCGCCCAAGGCCACGGAGGCCGCCGCCAAGCCCGCUUCCGGCUCCGGAUCCGUUGCCCUGUACGGCCAGUGUGGUGGCCAGGGUUACUCUGGCGCUACCGCCUGCUCGUCUGGCAAGUGCGAGUUCGUGAACGACUGGUACUCCCAGUGUGUCUAAGUUGUCGGCGUCGACUCUCGACGAAAGACCGUCCUGAAUAUCAGCAGGACCACGGUGGAGAUCGCGGGCUUGGAUGAGAAUCCAGCGUGCUACUCUAUCGGCAUUCAUGUAAUAAUAGCUUUUUACCUGUACCUAAAAACAACGUAUCAAAGAUAGCCAGGCCCAGACCCGGUUAGCCACUGCUCACACUCAC